UGGUUUUACAAAGAUUCUAAUUUUUUGAAUAAUUUUUGGGCUAACCAAAGCAAACAAUUAAACCGCAGCUUAAUAAAAUUCGGUGAUUGUGUCACUUCUCAUUUCACCAGUUUUGUGGACUAAUUGUAAGUUAUCUUGGGUGGUGACAAGAAUAUAAUGUAAUUUUGUAAACAAGUCCUUCCAAAAAUUCAAAAUGGAAUUGGAAACUGUAAAAAUCAUUUCAAUAAACAAGCUAAAGGAAAUAACCAGGAACCAUUAAUCUGACUUUCCCGUGAUCCCAAAAAUUGAAAUUGACUAUAACCAAUUAUGGAACGACCAAUUGUUACUGAUCUGUCAUGAAUGUUCCAAAAUUUUCACUACGAUAAAAGAGUUGCAGUGGCACGAACGCGUCGACACUGGCAACUUAUAUGAAUGCAGUAACUGUGACAAACUAUAUACGAGACGAAAUCACUUGCAAAGACAUGAAAAAUAACACCCUCGGAGAAAACUGCACGUUUGCAAGAUCUGCAGCAAGACGCUGGUUAGAAUGGAAUACCUCAAAAGACACCUGGUGACCCAUUUGAAGGAGAAACCCUUUGCUUGUAAGUCUUGCAACGAGGCUUCUAACAGAACGGAAAGCUUGCACAGACAUACACCUAGGUGUAAAAGUGACGUCGUAUACCCUUGUGAUAUUUGCAAGGAAACAUUAAAUCGAUAAGAUACUUUUGAGGUGCAUAAAAAGAUGCAGGGCAACCAACCCAAGCUGCCUACAAUCGAAGAUCACGGGAAUGUAGAAGAACACUACCACCAGGUUGAUCAAAAUGUUGGCGCUGUACUUUCCGAGUACUCUGAUGUGGAUGACUCUUUUGAACCCAAAGUGGAGGUGACGGAAAGCAUGGAUGAGGAUAGAAAUAAGAAGGUAAUAGAUAUAGGGUCGAAUGACGAUAAUAUGGAAAAAGUAGUGGAGUGUUUGAAAAAUGAAGAAGGUGGUCACAAGAAAAACAUGAGGGUUGAGGAUACGUGGGAAAGCAAUAAUAUUUCGGGGGAUGGAGAGAGUGUAAAAAUUGAUGAAGUGGGUUACACGAGUGUGGUGAAAGUAGAGGAUGCCUCAAAAAUGGAGGAUAAUCUACAAGAUACAGAAGGUGUAGAAAAAGAGGAAGUAGAUUACACAAUGGAGGUGAAGAAAGAGGAUACUUCUGACAUGGAGGAUAAUAUUGUAGAGGGUGAAGGAAGUGUAAAAAAUGAAGUUGAUUAUGUAGACGUGAAGAUAGAGGAUAAAUUGGAAAUUGAGGAUAAUAUUCUAGAGCAUGGAGAUAACCCAGCUGAUAUAAGAUGUGAUGCUGGGGGAUAUCCUGAAGACUGUACGGAUUCAGAAUAUCUCCCCAAAAAGAGUCUAUCGAAAAUCAAACGUGGUCGUGGUAGACCCCGCAAAAAUCCGCCUUCAAAAGAGGAAGUUCAUAAAUGCAACAUAUGCAAUAAGGAAUUUAGCAAGGCUAAUAUUUUAAAGACGCACGUCGCUUCUCAUUCCACUCUUAAACCUUUCCGCUGCGAUGUGUGUACAAAGGGCUUUAAUCGAAAGGAUCACUUGGUCAACCAUAUAAAGUUGCAUAAUAAGGACAGUGGUUUUGAAUGUGACAUAUGCAAGAGGACAUUUAGCCGAGCAGGAUAUCUGUUAUUGCAUAAGGCUGCAAGACAUGACACCGAAGGAAAGAUCAUAGAUGAGCAAAGGUAUGAAUGUUCCUUGUGCCUUAAGAGUUUUAAGAGUGAGAAAUACCGAGAUAUUCAUGUUAACGGGCAUAACCAACACAGGGAUUACCAAUGCAAUGUGUGCCAAAGAACUUACCCCACCAAAGUCCGCCUUGUGCAUCAUAUGAGAUCCCACAACGAAAGACUCAAGAAGUUCCUCUGCUCAGAAUGCGGCCAGCGGUUCAUCAGGAACGACUAUCUGGAAAACCACAUGCGCCGACAUCGGGGAGAAAAGCCAUUUAAGUGUAAAUACUGCGACAAAGGCUUUACAACAACAACGGAUGUGUCUAUGCACGAGAUAGGCCACACUGGGGAAAAGAGACACUUAUGUACGGUUUGCAGUAAAGGGUUUGGAAGGGCCUACAAUUUAAUGGUACACAUGAGGAUCCAUACUGGAGAAAAACCGUAUCAGUGCACAUACUGCGAGGCCGCGUUUGCUCAAAGUAACGAUCUUAAAACUCAUAUUCGGAAGCACACUAAGGAACGGAUCCGAUGUGACCUGUGUAGCGACAGUUUCCUCGUGGGCCAUUUGCUCACCAAGCACAAACGAAGAGUUCAUGGUUUAAAUGUUAUUGGUAAUAAAAAGCGACUGCAACCUGUCCAAAACAAGAACUUGGACAAACCCUCUCCGCCUAAAAUUUAAAUAAUUUUUAUCCUCGUUUUUAAAUUUUAUUGACAACACACUUUUUCUUCAAUGUUCUCUUUUUCAGAUGCAUUUGUCUUUGUAUAUACACAUUCACAAAUUUAGUGAGGCCAUUAUUUUACUACAAAAUAACAUAUAUUUUUUUUGGUCUUGCAAGAGAUUUUCACUUCAGUUAUUUUGUAUUCAGAAAAAUGAAAAUACUCAUAUUUUUAAAUAUUUUUAGGUUACUUCACAACUUAUUUUUAAU